GGUAAAGAUGCAAGCUGCGAUUCGUUCGUUGGUCUCCGGUGGAAAUGUUGUGAAAGCCUCUAUGCUGCAGCACCUCCGUGUGAUGAACCCGGCGAUUCAGCCUUCCGUGUUCUGUUCACGCUCCGAAUCCACUCAGCCUUCUCGUAUGGAGGAGCACGGAUUCGAGAGCACAACCAUCUCUGACAUUAUGAAAGCCAAAGGCAAAAGUGCUGAUGGAUCUUGGCUCUGGUGUACCACUGAUGACUCUGUUUACGACGCUGUUAAAUCCAUGACACAACACAAUGUUGGUGCCUUGGUGGUUGUGAAGCCUGGUGAGCAACAAUCUCUUGCUGGAAUCAUUACAGAGAGAGAUUAUCUGAGGAAGAUCAUAGUGCAAGGGAGAUCAUCCAAAUCAACCAAAGUAGGGGACAUUAUGACUGAAGAGAAUAAGCUUAUCACCGUGACACCGGAGACUAAGGUCUUGCGUGCUAUGCAACUGAUGACAGAUAACAGGAUCAGGCACAUUCCAGUAAUCAAAGACAAGGGUAUGGUGGGAAUGGUGUCCAUAGGAGACGUGGUCCGUGCAGUUGUCAGUGAGCAUCGAGAGGAGCUUAACCGCCUGAAUGCCUAUAUUCAG